AGAACGGAAAGAUACGCGGAAAAGUAAAGAAGCAUUAGGGACACGUGUUCGAGUGCUGAGUCAGCGUUGUGCUUAAUAAAGAAGACGUGUGCACUCAUUGAGUCAGUGUCUAGUACUCAUAGAGUUAUAGAGAGAGCUACGCAAUAAGCGAAGAGACCAAAUCUGCGAGAAUUCGAAGAAAUGGCGGCGAUUACUCUGAACAGCGGCUACCAAAUGCCGGUAAUGGGUCUCGGCGUUUGGCGUAUGGAAGGCAAAGACAUUAAGAACCUUAUCACCCAUGCUAUUAAGGUCGGCUAUCGUCACUUUGACUGCGCUGCUGACUACAAAAAUGAAAUGGAGGUAGGGGAGGCACUUGAGGAGGCUCUCCAGACUGGUAUGGUCAAGAGGGAAGAUCUUUUUGUCACAACCAAGUUGUGGAACUCGGACCAUGGUCAUGUUCUUGAGGCUUGUAAAGACAGUUUGAACAAGCUACGCCUGGAUUAUUUGGACCUUUACCUUGUUCACUUCCCUAUUGCCACAAAACAUACAGGAGUUGGUACAACGGCAAGUGCAAUGGGGGAGGAUGGAGUUCUGGACAUAGACACCACCAUAUCAUUGGAGGCUACUUGGCAUGCCAUGGAGGAUCUUGUUUCUAAAGGCCUGGUUCGCAGUAUAGGAAUCAGCAACUAUGACAUUUUCCUUACCCGGGAUUGCUUAGCAUAUUCAAAGAUCAAGCCUGCUGUGAACCAAGUCGAGACACACCCCUACUUCCAGCGCGAUUCCCUCAUCAAAUUCUGUCAGAAACACGGAAUAUGUGCUACGGCCCACACUCCUCUUGGCGGUGCUGUUGCCAACACUGAUAUGUUUGGUUCAGUAUCAUGCCUUGAAGAUCCCGUUCUCAAAGGCAUAGCUGAGAAGUAUAAGAAGACAGUGGCUCAGGUUGUGCUCCGGUGGGGCAUCCAGAGAAACACAGUGGUCAUACCAAAGUCAUCAAAGCUCGCAAGACUUGAAGAAAACAUCAGUGUUUUCGGAUUUGAACUUAGCGAAGCGGACAUGGAACAGAUCAAGAGGCUCGACAGAAACUAUAGGACCAAUCAACCGGCAAAGUUUUGGGGCAUAGAUCUGUUUGCGUGAAUUUCACUUGGUAUAGGCCCUGUUAUGAGUCUCAAUGUUUAUGUAAGGCUUUAAAGUGUACUGUUCUCUGUUUCUAGAGUUGGCUUUGCUAUGCGACAUUUUUCACUGGUUGAAUAAAAGAAUCCUCAGAAGCAAGGGUAAAGAGAUACAGGAAGAGAAAAUAUCAUUAGUUAAUUCUUUUAUUUGGCUUUAAAAAACAAGUUGAAAUACCAUUAACAAAAUAAUAGAUGAAUGGGUUCAAGUUUUUACAUGAUUAGGAGAACAUGCUUCUCAAAGAAACCAAAUUUUACAGAAUUGCUGAUAAAAGAACUCCGGGGAGAUUCUAAUUUCUAAUCAUUCUAUCAGAAGCUGAUACGGAUUAUAAGUUUAGGAAACGGGCUAUCAUAGAUUCAUAAUCCUUGUGAACACUUUAUUGAUGAAAGUGGACUAAUAAAUAGGUCUGAAAUCAGUGAUAUUUUUCUUUUUCUUAUUUCACUUUUGGAAUUAGUACUAAAUUAGCUGGCAUUAUUUUUAGUACUAUUAUCUUCUAGGUUUAGUACUCCGCAUUACUAAAAUAGUCUCUAAAGCUCGUAGUUGUAUGCCUACAACAUUUUUUAAGAACUUACUUAAAAAAUUAAGAUUUAUUUUGAAAAGUUACAUUAAGUAGGUUUUGUGAUAAAGUUUGCAAUUUUUAGCAUUAAUUAGACACAACUAGUUGCUAUACCAAAUAUGACUAUAUUAAAAGGCCAAUUUUAAUCAAAUAGAUAUAACUUUUUUCUUUUAAAAUUAUUUGAAUCAUUAUAAGCUAGCACUUAUUAA